ACCGCCCCUGUUUUGUUGUUUGGCUAAAGAUGGCGUUAGCGGCUAACACAGGCGAUUGCAUUUUGUUUCCCAAAAAUUUUUCGGCCAGUGGUAACAAAACAUUGAUCAAAUAGAACUUUAAUUCGUCAUUUGAUGUGUAAAUAUAUGUUACACAGAGAAAAUACACGUCCAUUACGUAGAAUAACGCUUGUUCGGCCUUCUCACGAUGUAGGCCUGUUUUUUAGGGAGUGGACCGAAGCUGUUGGAACUCCAUCUCCCGUCAGCGACUGCGGCGUCAGAGGGACCAUGGCUGCAACACCUGUGCAAGGUGACUGGAAACAAUCUCGAGCACCCUCCAGAGAAGGGCACCCAUCAUCACCAGAGUCUUCUUUGACCUGGUGCUUGGCUCACCUCUCCAAACCCGGAUCAGGGGCUGAACCUCAGGGGCAUGGCAAGGCAGAUACAGGUGGAGGCAGAGAAACAGACAAGAGGUCCAGAAUCUCUCAGUGGCGAGCUCUGGUUGCUAUCCGCACGCAGCACAUCAAGGGUGACAAGGCCGGCAUCGCCAGAUUCAGAACUCAGGGUGGUCUCCGGCCGCUGCUGGACCUGCUUAAGCACCCAGAGUGCUCCAGGAAAACACUGGACCUGGCUCUGAGCAUCCUGGCCAACUGCUGCACGGAGCUGGAGACACGUAUAGAGGUUCGUAAGCUUGAUGGAAUAAACAUUGUAGUGGGGAUCCUGAAGAGAAAUGUGGCCAUGGAGACCGUCCAGAACCGAGCAGCCCGGGCUCUGGGAAACUUGGCCAUGGAUCCAGAGAGCUCUGCACUCAUCCACUCUGCCGGUGGUGUUCCUCUCCUCCUCCUCUGUGUGUCUCUUUCCUCUGCCCCGUCCUCCCCCACUGCUGCUCCACCUAAAGACCCUUGUCCCAAACUGGAAUGCGCUCAGUCAGCUGCUCGGGCCCUCCUCUACCUCUCAGAUACUCCCUCUAACCGCCUGUCAUUACUCACCCAAGGGACCUUAUCUGCCCUCGCCCCUCUCAUUGCUCCAGAAUACCCCCAGGCGCUGAGGCGGGCGGCGCUCAGGACCCUCCACGAGCUGACCCGGGGCUGUGGCGUCGAAUGUGCCAGGGAGGUGUCUCGCUCUGGGGUCCUCGCUCAACUCGGUGUCAUGGCUUCCGGGGAGGCUGGUAAACCCUUUGAGGAGCUGGCACUGAAAACUCUCGCCAACAUGUGCUCCCAAGCCUGCCUGCGCCCUCUGGUGGGGUCACUGGGGGUCAUUCAGAAGUUCACAGAGGAAGUCAAAAGGGACCUGCUGAGGUCUGGAGUUUUCCUCAAGGCGCUGUGCUUGUGCUGCAAGGAGGCGGUCAACCGGGCCAAGGUGAAGGAGAGUGGCGGACUGGAGGUGCUAACUGGCUUCUUGUCUGCCCAGCAGAGUCAUCCGCUCUCCCGGCUCGCCAUUCUGGCCUGCGUAGACUUUGUUUUUGAUGAAUCUGCCAUGGAGCAGUUGCAGGAGUUAGGGCUGGUCCCUCUGCUUGUUGCUCGCCUCGUCGUUCUCACCAGAGGAGAGGAACCAUCUGCUGAGAAGAUGGAUGUGAGCAUCACGUCGAGCAUGUCUCCCGCCGAGCUCCUGCCCUCGUCAUGCUUUGAUUCUUUUGACUUUCCCCCUCCUGAGGGCUACAAGAGGGAAGAAGCUGGAAGGGAGCAAGGUCUGUGUUCAUCCAGCUUUCAAAGUCUCAGGUCCUGGUUGGUGUCUGAGGGGUUGAUAUCUUCUGAGGGGGACUUGCUGGAUUCCUCUGGUGUUGAUGGGGAGUGGGGGAGUCUUCAGAUCCCACCGUCUUCGUCCCCUCAAACCUCAUCCCCAAAUCCUGAUUCCAUCUCUCUUAAAAGCUCUUCUUCAUCCAACCCCUCCCCCUCCUUUGCUUGUAAAAAAGCGGCUCAGCCUUCUCCUGUUUCCUCCUCAGCCCAGUCCCAACUGUCAUCCCCGUCGAAAGUCACUGAACCCAGACGCCCUGUGUCUCCGUCAAAGUUCUCAUCCCCUCAGAGAAGGAGGCAGCGCGCUCAUUCGUCAGCGUCUUUGACUAAGGUCACUCUCGACACCCCUCCCUCUGUGCCCCGCCCGAUGGCUUACCACCACCCUUACCACCCUGAACCCUGGACGCCCGAGUCGCCCAUCCUUCUGCUGCUGUCGCGCUUCUCCCACGCCACCGACCCAAGUGCCGCUCUGGUCACCUCAGGCGUCAUGACCGGCUUGCUCUACUACCUCACCCAGCACCAGGACCCCAGCAGCAGGUGCUUCCGAAUGCUUUGCCGGCUGAGCUGCAACCCAAACUGUUUGCAGGCGCUGGUCCGAACGGGCUCGGUGGCUUUGAUUCGCCACCAUCUCUGCCAGAGAGAAGGAGCGUUUGAGGGAGAGGAGAGGCAGACGGACCGAGUGAAAGCCAAAGUUAAACAGCUUGGUGUCGCACUCCUCAAUAAUCUGCGUGUCCAGUGUGAGUCUGGUUUCGGCUCUGGGGUUCUCGCACAUGUGAUGCUGUCUGGCUCUGAGUCAGACAAGAUGCACUGUGCGCUGUCACUGCCAUUAAUCAGCAGCAACAAGUCCCUGUUGAAGAAACUUCUCCUGGACACCGGUGGACUCCUCUUGGCUCUGCAGCCACUUGUUUGCGAUGAUGAUGAUGACGUGGAUGAAGACAACCCUGCUCAAGGUGGAAGGUUGCUUUCUGACUUGUUUAUUUCACCACAUUCAGGCCUGACCUCUCACGCCCACUCACUGUACUUUUCUCUCCUGAUUGGAUGCCUGUCCACCCUGACAGGAAGCAUCAAGACUGAGCUUGAAAAAAAGCAUGUAAUUCCAGUUGUAACACAGUCACUCAGUAAAAUCGAUAGAGUGUCGCCCCCUCCCUCGAAAAGGCCUCGCCUAGCUGACAAAUGUUCAUAUGGUCUCUCAAACUUUGACCUCUUCUUGCUGCUGGAUGAUGGGACUCGGGUCCCAGCCAAUAGGGAGGCUGUAGCUGGGGUGGAGGGGACAGACGGGGUCGGCUCUGAAUACUUCAGGGCUCUUUUAAGAGGCGGAUUUGGAGAAGCUCAGGGGAGCGCAGAAGAAGCCAUCCACAUCAAAGAUGUUAGCAGGGGUGUGUUACUGCCAGUGCUGCAUUACCUGCAUGGAUGUCGCUUUACCAAGGACACAGAAACAACAAGAGAAAGGGAUGAAGGAGAGAGGGGAGGACGGUGUCAGAUUUUGGACUCGUUGGUCUUUGAAGGACUGAGUAUCUGCCAAAAGGAGACAGAGAAGCACGGAGGAGAAGACUGGGCUUUCCAGAAAACACCUUUAGGUGAGAUGAUGACCGGAGCCUGUCGAUUUUUAGUGACUGAGCUGCAGAGAGAGUUGGAGGAUCUCUGUGUGUCUCUUCUUCUGUCCUACUCCAUCAAGGCUGCUACCAGAGCUGCAUCAGCUCCCACAGAGGACAACGCUGAAAAGGCUGCAUCUAAAAUGGACCAGGAAUGCCUUGAGUCUGCCGAGGAGAACCUGGCUAAUCGAACAUCGGAGCUAGAGCUGACCGGUAUCGAGAUGCAAACAGAAAAUUUACCGGGACAGACGAAGAAACCAAACAGUUCCCCACAGCAAACACUCAGUAAGAAAACCUCAGUUCCAAAAGCCAACAAAGGACUGAAUAAAAGUUUGGACCAGAAGACAAUCAAAAGCGUCUCUUCAGUUUCCAAAUCAAGCUGUGCAUCAGAUCCAGAGGAGUUGAGUUUAAGACCAAAGAACCGGAUUAAAGGUUCAGCGCAGCCUCUGAAGUCAGCAGCUCAGGAUUUCUUUUCAUCCUCAGCAGCUGGUGCAGGAGGUGGGGCUCUGGCUGCUGUUCUCCCACAGGUCUACUGGUUUUCCCAGCGCUACAGCUACCCAGCCCUGGGUCGGGCCUGCCUGUCUCUGCUGCUGGGCUGUCAGGACUGUCCUCGGCCCUUCUUGUCCUCCUCCCUCGCCGGGGAUUGCCUUCGCAGACUCGCCAGAGAGGCCGACUGUGCAGAGACUCUGAAACAGGAUCUGCUGAGCCUGGCCACAGUAGCUCUGAGUUGAACAAGGAGGGUCAAACUGAGUGGAGCGAUCGGUGGCACAGGUUAAGCGAGAGUCGACUUGGCUUGAUUUAAGCUUCUAGAAAAGUUGCCAUUGUUUUCAUUUUAUCAAAUAGCAGGAUAGUGUGAGCGCAGGUCAUAAUCACAGCAUGAUUAUCUGAACAUGCUGUAUGAAUUUGUUCAGCCGUAAUAGAACAGACAUGAUUUAUUUUCAUAAUUUGAAAGCAUACAUUUUUAUUCCGUUUCAGUGUAAAUUGAUAUAAACUGUAGCCUGUCCCAGCAUGGCGAUUUGUUAUUUACUGUUGUUGGAUUAACUUCUAAUGACAUUUAUAUUGUGUGUGUUUUUUUUUAUUUUUUAUUUUGGGAAAAUGUCUAAGCAAAUGUCUUCAGUGCAUUUGAUAAAUGUCAUUUAGCUGGAAGUACUGGAAUUAUCAGGGUUGAUCACGGAGCCAGUUGUUUAUUUUGUACAUAGAGAUAAUAUGGAAUAGCAGAUAUAUAGUGUAUAGGUUUCACCUGCCCCAUAUAAAUUUAUGCCACUGAAUAUAUUGUUGGAACAUCA